AUGAAAGAGGAAAAUCUAGAAGAUGGUGAGGAGAUGCUGGAUCCUAUCUUGGAGAUGAUUUACCAAUUGAAUAAACAGGUAGGACAUGCACAACAACUUGCUCUCAGCCAAUACGAUUGUGGGAGGUAUCUUAAUAUGUAUGUCAGCAUGGAUAUAUCACACCUUUUCUUUAUAAGGAAAAGUAAUAACUAAAGAGUAUUAAUAUUAGACAGCUUGUGCUUGGUUGGCUAAUGAUGCGGCCAGUGAUGGAGUUUCAUAUCCAUCAGCAGAUGAGUUAACCUCUGUAAGUGCAGCUUUUCAUAGCAAAGGAUGCACACAGAGACCCCAGGCACGGUGACCAUGUGCUUGGAGUAAUCCUUAAAGCCCGGGUUUGACAAAUUUGCUUGGAAUCUAGGAGCCAGCUUAAAGUUAGGCCUGGUUUUUCAACAUCAAAAAUAAAAUACUUAGCCACCAGAACCACUACAGCCUUGUGUAUUUGUUCUGAUGUCUAUAGUAUGUCCCUGCAGGCCUUUCAGACAAAAGGCAGAUUUUACUUUGUGCUAUUGACAGUCAGUUAGACGGCCUACGUUUAGCGUCCCAUGUUCUGCAUGGAGCCGCUUAAUGCUACCCAUACGGAUGCAUUGAUUCAAUGCAUCUCUAUGAGGAGAUGUUGAUUGGAGCAGUGUAGCUUUUUGCCGCGCAUGCACAAUAGUGUACCAACGCUUUCUUAUAGGAAAGCAUUGGAUUGGCUGAAAUCCAUAGCAGCUGUGGAAGUGGGGCCAGCCACAGUAAGACCCGCACGAUGUGGAGGAAAACGGUGAGUAAAAACACCUAUCCAAUGUGAUUGGAGAGUGGCAGGUCACCUAAACACACACACUCACUGAUACUGUAACACAACUCAAAUACACAUAUUUUUACAUACACUCUCAAAAUUUUGUUUUAUUUUAAUCUGUCCACCCUGGCUCCCUAUCUUUGGGAGUUCUGGACUGGAUUGGCUUUCCAUAGGGUCCAGUGGGGCUACUUAGAUAAUCUCCCUGGUCUGCUCCCUCAAGUGCACUGUUUAGUGAUGCAGGGACCAGAGUAGCCUGGCUCCUGGUAUCACUGCAGGGCAUGUGAGAGAGCAGUGAGAUGCAUCCUUCAGGGGCCUCAGCAGUCUCAGGCAGCCAGCCACCUCGGGGCCUGAAUGGGCUCACAAAUCAGAGCCCUGGAUUCCCUCUCAUUCCUGGCUCGUGGGAUUUGUCGAGCCGUGCUUUAAACGUUGUGAUAAAAAAAUUUAUGGCUUCUGCUUCUGAAAAAUCGAUUAUCAAAGUCCUUUCUUUUGAUAUAUUUUAGGAUCAGUGUGAGUUUGAGGAAGUGGCCAUUUAUUUCUCAGAGGAGGAGUGGGCCUUUUUAAGAGAUGAAGACAAGUCCCUUUACAAAGAUGUGAUGAUGGAGAAUUACCAGACCCUCAAAUCUCUAGGUAAGAAACCCUUCCCAUUAGAAAGUUGAGGGUAACACUUUGGGUAUUAAUAGUAGGGUUCUGGGUUUUAUUCCCUUCCGUUUCUCAACUGAACAAGCUCCAGUUAUGUCCUCGUUGCUGUGGUUGAUGACCUUUAUCUUAUUCAGUGGGCAUCCUCUUUUCAGUUGCGGUGGUGGAAUAUCCCCAAAAGACUUCUGAUUGUUUUGGGUCAUUUUGUUUUUUCUCCAAAUUUAAAAAAAAAACAAAACCUCAAACUUUGUCCCUCACUUUAUUGACUCUUGUAGCUCCCUUUUCACCUAACCACCUUACUUAACGCCUUAGACCAUAUCCGGAGCACACCUACAUAUUCAAAUUAAAACUAUCUUUUCUUCAAACAGUUGCCAUCUCCCGAACGUCCAGUUCUGUGCCCCGUUCCCAACGUCCAUGGUGAAGUUGCACCGGAUAAUUCCCAUGCAUGAUUCCACCUUUUGCGAAAUUUGAGAGAGUAUCCUAUGGGUCUGUAGAGUGAUAUUGACAUGUCCUAUUUUGAUAGACUGACCUGAUUACUUAAAAGGAAAAAAAAAAGGAAAGUUGCAACCUUUCUAAAUUUCAAGUGUAGGAGAGAAAAAUAAAGUCCAAUAUGGUUGGGAAAGUCCAUUUAAAUUGAUGUUGGAGAUGAAGUUAGACAGUGUAUGUGUAUCUAUAUAUUUUUAAAAUAGAAAUUAGUAAAGAUUGUGUGAUUUUUCAGAGUAUUAAAAGAAACACUACAUUUUUUUAUGUACUGUGAGUGCAACCCAACUUUUUAUUCUGAUAAUUUUCCUUUAGGAUGAAUUAUUUUAUUUAGGAUCUUGUAUGCCAGGAAGAUGACAAAUUCCUUAUAAUCUAAUGUGUUUUAAAUUUCAGAUCAUUGUCACAAUACAUUCUGCAAGUUAUUUCUCUAUAGGAGUAAGGAUGACUAAACAUACACACUUUUUAUACAAUAGUGAUAAUAUUGUUUUAAUGGCUUGCACAGUAAUAUAGUUUAUAUAGCUCUGAAUACAGUUUUAAAAAAGAUUCGCGUCCAUCAAGUUUAACCUUUCACACAUUCCUGUUGUUACUGUUACUCUAAAAGAAGGCAAAACAUGCAUUGGCGUAAGAACCUCAAAAUUUUGGGGGAUACAGCCCUACACAAAGAAAAUCCGGCAUCUGCUUAGAGAUCAUACUUCAAACAAAAAGCUAUUCUACGGGCAAAAAUGUUUGUUUCGCUGUGGAGACUGUAAGUAACAUUCCAAGUGCCAGUGAAACUCUGGGAUAAAUUAUAUGUGUGCCAGGUAUGUGUUUAGUUGUGGUUGUUAAUUGUAUAGAGAAUUUAGAUUUUUUUUUUUUUUUUUUUAAAGAUAUGAGCUAUGGAUUCUCAUAGCCUAUUUAAAGCAUUUGUGUCACCUUCUAGGGUCUUUGCAUAUUUUGCAAAGACCUUUGAUGGUGACUUCAUUGCUUGGAUUGUAGUGGCCUGGGAGUGCAGGCGGAGCCCCUCGUAGCCUCCACCCUGACCAUCUGGUGGAUUCUCUUCAGCUCCUGGUGCUUCAUCUGCCAGAAGCCCACAUCAGCGGUGUACUCUCGUGCAUGCUUAACAGUAUAACAAUGAUGUCCUUGGAGGAUCUAAUGAGACCACAGGAACCUCCAUAGGCAAUGACUGUUACCUCACAGCCAUCAUUACUGACACUGGUCGAAUUGACACAACUUGACUGCAGUAGCUCCACCUAUUGUCAAGUGUAGGACAAAGUUCCUACUUUGUCUUCUAUCUUUUGACUGCACUGGAAUUUCAGCAAAAUUCGAACACUGUCAAUGUGAGCCUUUCAUGAAGAUUCUAUCUUUAUCAAAUAGUAUAUUUUUUGGGGUGGGCGGGUCAUUUUAUUCAGGCUUUGACCAAAUAGGAAUAUGCAGUUUCUCUAAAUUAAUUUUCAGACUAAAGUGCUAUUUAUUAAAAUAUAUAUGGUUAGAUAAACAUAGUCAAAUUUGACACCAAGUGCUAGCUUACAGUGGUUUAUAUCUGCUCUAUGGGUAGUAAUGUUUGGGAUAUUCUCAGUCAGGAUAUUCCAUCACCUGAGAACUGAUGGCUGAUAUCCCUGUUCUUCAAGGCCAGGUCUUAAGAACAUAUUCAAGAACAAUGCAUUUGUUUGAUGGAGUAGAAAUCCAGUGUGCUGGAUUUUCAGGCAUUAAAAUGUCCCCAAAGAUAUGGGAUAUAAUGAGUUUCUGAAAAUAAUUUUGAGCAUCUCAGAUUACUAGGCUUACAACAGUGGUGAAGCCUGCCUAUUUCACCACCAUAAACAUCACUCCUUGAUCGGGCCACCACAAACACAAGGUUAUAGGACAUUUUGGUUAGCCGAGAGGUAGGGGAAAAGCGGGAAUCCUUACUGCUCUUGCAGAAGGUAAGUAUAGGUGUUAUUGGUUAUAGCAUUGAUCAAUCUCUGUAGAGUAAAGUGACCCAAAUUAGAGAUGACAAAAAAUGUAUUGGGUUUAUGGAGAUUAACCUUCAUCAGUAGCCAGCAUAAUUUACCUGAAGAAGAAGUGUGGAUGUGUAUUAUUGAAGUAGAAUAGGUGCCACUUUCAACAAUCUUGAGCUUAGCCCAUAGUUCUGUGAUCCCAGAUCUCAUCGUGACCUUAAAGUAGUGAGUUAGCAGUUGCUUAUGCCCCUGCAGAGACUAGAGGACACUUUCAAAUUGCUUGGCACUGGAACAACCCCAUUGGCUCAACAAGCAGUUCUAGACUAUUGCUGUGUGUUCUUGUUGCAUCUCUCGAAGGAGGGUUGGACAAUCAGAUUUUGAGGAUAAUACUCGCAUCUGGAAACUAUAAACUGGAGUUUAUCAGGAAUUAAUAGGUAAUUUAGGAGAUCGUGUAGGAAUUCAAAGGGGUGAUUAUGCCUUCAGCUUCUAGAGAAUACUUUAACCCAGGGUUGUCAAACAUGCGGCCCCCCAGAUGUUGCUGAACUACAACUCCCAUGAUUCUUUCAAUGAAACAGAUAGCCAGGGAAUCAUGGGAGUUGUAGUUCAGCAACAUCUGGGGGGCGUCAUGUUUGACAACCCUGGGUUAAAGUAUUGGUCCUUAAGGGGUUAAAAGGCUGAGCCUGAUUAAAGUAGAAAUCCGGCAGGAAUGCCAAAUAGUCGUGAGAUCCAAUUACAUUUGGGCAGCAGAUCUAAUUGAUGUGUCUGGUAAUUGGGGGAAUAGCAGAUUUUUUUUUAAUUUUUUUUCCCUUUUCAAUAAAGUUGCUAUAUUUUUUUAUAUACAUGUGGUUCUACUAUAAGAUAAAGUCUCUUUAAUAUUAACACACAGCUUCUUUAUCACACUCCCAAAAAGUUUUGAGUUGUGCUUUACUGCUUGAUAUUUUUGGUUAUAUGCAGCAUUUCUCCUAAAAAGCCCUUUUGAAUCACAGAAACAGUGGGUGCUUGGUUGAGCCUCUUCCAUAAAUAAGUAUCUAGGUUACAUGGUACCUGAGGCUGAAAUGUUAUUGUGGCACACACAAAACACACACGUACACAAAUUUAUGCAUAGAUAUGACUCACAAAGCCUCUAAAUACACACUUUUAUUUUCAUUUUAUUCUUUUUAUUUAUUUUUUUAAUAUGGGAUCACCCAGCCUCCAUUUUCUGGCCUUUAAAUGGAUCUGGAUGGAACCUCAUCCUUGGUGCUUCCAGCAGCUCCGUACUAACGCCAAGGCUGGGGUGACGUCACAUUCCGGGUCCCGGCAUUAGCGCUGUUCGAAUGAGGGAGUUUGGAUAAAGUAUUGUGAAAUCUUUCUUUGUGCACUAUUGGAGAAACCAAUACUGCAAAGUGUUUCUCUCCAAGUACCAAAGACAGAUCUGAAAUUAUUGAAAAUUAACCAAAAUAUUUGACUUCUCUUUCCAUGAAAAUGUGUUACUGAAAUACAUAGUUUUGCAUGUAAUUAUUAUUAUUGCCAUUUGUAGAGCGCCAAAGGAUUCCGUAUCACAUUACAAUAUUAUGAGAGGGGGGAUUUAGCUAUAAAUAGGACAAUUACAAAAAAAAACUUACAGUAACGAUAGGUUGUAGAGGACCCUGCUCAAACGAGCUUACAGUUUAUAGGAGGUGGGGCAUAGAGCACAUUAGGCCAGGAAAUAGUAAUCAAAUAAGGUGGGAGUGAAGCAGAGCUGGAGGAGAGAGUAGAGGGCUGCCCUUUAUAAGCGAGCAAGAUACAGGUAUGUGAGGUAGAGGUUACUCUGGGAGGCCAUAAGCUUUCCUAAAGAGAUGGGUUUUAAUGCACUUCUUAAACGAUUGAAGACUAGGGGAGAGUCUGAUGGCAGUAGGCAGGCUAUUCCAUAGGCAGUGAUCCGCCAAUGAAAAGUCAUGCAAGGGUGAGUUGGCCGUAUGGGUGCGAGCAGCGAACAGGAAAAAGUCACGGGCAGAACUGAGAGACCGAGAAGGGUCAUACCUAUGGAUCUGUGAAGAGAUAUGAGGGGCUAGAAUUCAGUGAUUUAUAGGUAUGGGUUAGCACUUUGAAUGGAUUCUUAUAGGAUACAGGUAGCCAAUGCAAGGACUGACAGAGAGGAGAGGUGUGAGAGGAGCGACAGGUGAGGAAAAUCAGUCUGGCGGAAGCAUUAAUUACAGACUGUCACGAGGUAAUAUGGCUUUUGGGAAGACCAAAUAGUAGAGGGUUACAAUAAUCCAUGCAGCAAAUUACUAGAGUAUGGACAAGCUCCUUGGUAGCAUCUUCCAUAAGAAAGGGGCGGAUGCGGCUAUGUUUUUAAGAUGGAAUCUACAGGAUUUGGCAACAUACAGAAUGUGAGACUCAAAGGUGAGGCCAGAAUCAGGUAUGUCGCCAAGACAGCGUUUUUGCAAGGAUGGACUUAUGUGGAUACCACUACUUUGAAGGGAGAGCGAAAGAGUAGGAUCAGUAUUGGGAGGAGGAAAGACAAGGAGCUCCGUUUUAAAGAGAUUGAGUUUCAGAAAGCGGGACGACAUCCAGUCAUAGAUGGAAGAAAGGCAGGCAGUGACACAUUGCAGGAUGGCAGGGGAGAGGUCCGAGGAGGAGAGAUAUAUCUGGGUGUCAGUGUACAAGUGGUAGUGGAAUCCAAAAGAGGUAAUAAGCUUGCCAAGAGAGGCAGUAUAAAGAGAAAAUAGAAGGGGACCAAGGCCAGAGCCUUGGGGGACUCCAACCGAGACAGGACGAGGCUAGGAGGUAUCAUUAGAAAAGGAGACGCGGAAUAAGUGUUGGGAGAGAUAAGAGGAAAACCACGAGAGGACAGAGUCACAGAGACUGAUUGAAGAGUUUGAAGAAGGAGAGCAUGAUGUCAAAGGCAGCAGAGAGGUCAAGAAGAAUUAGUAUGGGGUAGUGGCCUUUGGAUUUAGCUGCGAUUAGGUCAUUAGUAACUUAGAUAAGAGCAGUCUCAGUAGAGUGGAGAGGGCAGAAGCCAGAUUGAAGAGUGUCAGGGAGAGAGUUGGAAUUGAGGAAGGGAGACAUAUGGUUAAAGGCAAGACUUUCCAUAAGCUUUAAGGAAAAAGAGAGCAGGGAUAUGGGACGAUAGUUAGAGGGGGAGGAUGGGUCAACAUUUUUUAUUUAUAUUUUUAGGAUAGGUACUACAAUGGCAUGUUUAAGGUCAGCAGGGACAAUGCCAGAAGAGAGAGCAGUUGAAGAUGUGUGUUAAGAAAGGCGCACGACAAGGGGAGAGAAAUCUGAUAAGGUGAGAUGGGACAGGAUCGAGUGGGCAAGUGGUGGGGCAAGAGAAGAGUAGAAGCGCAGCCACCAGGCCCGGACUGGCCAUCGGGCACACCGGGCAAAUGCCCGGUGGGCCGCGGUGGCCAUGGGGCCGAGGCCGGCAGGGAGAUCACAUGAUCUCUCCUGCCGGUCUUUGCAGGGCCGGCGCUAUCUGAACGCCGGCCCUGCAGCAGUCUCCAGCGGGCCGGUGGGGAGAUCAGAGAUCUCCCUCACCGGCCCACAUGCAGGAUAGUGUGGCCGCCGGGGGAGAGAGGGAGGGAGCCAGCCUGCCAGCAGAGGAACCCGGCGGAGCUUUAACUAACAGCUCCGCCGGGUUCCUCUCGCGAGAUUCGGAGCGUUGCCAUGGCAACGCUCCGGGUCUCGCGAGAGUGAACUCUAGCCUCACAGGCUAGAGUUCACUCACCACUAAGACCACCAGGGAUGGAUUGCAGCCCCAGCAGCAGGAUCCCCCUCCAAGGCUAAAGGUAAGCAAGGAGGGGGGAAAUAAUCACCUAACUAACAUCAGCCUCACAGACACCCAAAACACUCACAGCACCCUCAUUCACACACACACACACACACACUGCACCCCUGACACUCACACACACACACACUGCACCCCUGACACUCACACACACACACACUGAACCCCUGACACUCACACACACACACACUGCACCCCUGACACUCACACACACACACACACACUGCACUGCUGACACUCACAGCACACACACACUGCACCCCUGACACUCAGCACACACACACAAACACACACACUGCACCGCUGACACUCACAGCACACACACACACACUGCACCACUGACACUCACAGCACACUCACACACACACUGCACCCCUGACACUCACAGCAGACACACACUGCACCCCUGACACUCACAGCACACACACUGCACCCCUGACACUCAUAGCACACACACACACACUGCACCCCUGACACUCACAGCACCCUCACUCUCUCUCACACACACACACACACUGCACCCCUGACACUCACAGCACCCUCACUCACACACACACACCGCACCCCUGAGAUUCACAGCACACACACACUGCACCCACACACACACACACACACUGCACCCCUGACAUGCACAGCACCCUCACUCACACACACUGCACCCCUGACACAGCACACACACACUGCACCCACACACACACUCACAUCACCCUCACUCACACACACACAUUGCACACCUAACACUUACAGCACCCUCACACACACACACUGCACCCCUAACACUUACAGCACACACACACACUGCACCCCUGACAUGCACAGCACACACUCACUGCAACUCUGACAUGCACAGCACACACAUACUGCACCCCUAACACUUACAGUACCCACACACACACACACACUGCACCAGCUUCCUCACACACACAUAGCACUCUCACGCAAACACAGCACCCAAUCACACACAGCACACACACACAGCACCCUUACCCACAUAGCACCCUCACGCAAACACAGCACCCAUCACUCACAUACUACACACCUCAAACACACUGCACCCCUCUCGCACACACACUACACCCCUUACACACACACAGCACCCUCACACACACUGCACAAAUGCUUUCCUAGCAUUUUUGUCUCCUGGUAUCCCACCUAUGGAGACACCAGAGACAAAUUUCAAGCAAACACAGUGCAAGUAUGUUAUUGAAUUUGCUUGCGCUGUGCAGAACAAAUACAGGGUCCUUUUCUCAUGUCAGAGCUCUUCAGCAGAGCUUUGCGCAUGGUCUACCCUGGAAGAGCAUUGAACCAACAUGCUCACUUUGUGAUGGGGCGUGCUUGUCAUUGGUGAUGACAAAACACACCCUAUCUGGCCCCGCCCCCUUUGUAGUGGGCCGCUGUAAUUAAAAAAUGCCCGGGCCGAAUUAUCUUCCCAGUCCGGCCCUGGCAGCCACCUUUUAUUCAGUAGCCUUGGAGAAAGUCUGAAGAGUAGGAAAGGUAUGAUAUACGUGUGGUUGAGAGAGUAUUUAUGUAGUCAAGGUGCAAACCUAAGACACUUUUGCAAAAUACAUGGCAUCACUGUCAGGUAAGAUGUGAUUAAACUUUUAAAAUAAUGAAAAUUCCAAAGAAAAUGGCUGCCAAGAAGAGCAGUAUGUCAGGUGUGCUACUAUUUCUACCAGUAAUAUCGUACACUUUUUGCAGCACCAACUGCAGAGGAAAAGCCUUAAAUGCAGUUUAAGACAGGAGUACAACGAUACCACCAGCUAUACCAAGCAGGCACACUCAGAACCUUCGAGGACCUAAAGACACUAGCUCCACUAACCACCAAAGAUCACUUUAGGUACAUACAACUCCAGGAUUUUGCUGGACGCACACAAGUACAGACAGCCGCCAACGCCAAACCAACCUUCUGUGAAACUAUGCAUGACUAGCGGACCACAUACCGGCCUUUUCACACUCCUUUAUACACAACUAAAUGCACCAGCAGAUAAGACCUAUACCCCCUCAUAUGUCACACAGUGGGAAACGGACCUACAACAAACAUUAGAGAGCGGAGAGUGGCAAGACAUAUGGGAGGCAGCAGCAAAAGCAUCCAUAUGCGUUCUGCACCAAGAACAAAGUUACAAAACACUUAUGAUGUGGUACACCACCCCAGUUAAGCUGCACCGCAUGGGCAAAACACCCACUGACGUAUGCUGGAGAGACUGUGGCGAGAAAGGCACAUAUCUACAAAUGUGGUGGACCUGCCCUAAAGCUGCGACCUUUUGGGGAGACGUAGCCCAACUAGUAUCAGCAGUGCUACGCAGACCGAUAAGACCCGACCCAUGGACAUUCCUAAUAGCAAGACCAGCUGACUGCUUACCUAACAAAGAACAAAAAUUACUCAACAAAAUAAACCUGGCCGCUAGGAGAGCCAUAGCACAAACCUGGCUGCAAACGGACAUGCCACAAAUGGAGAGGGUCAUCCGCAACAUCAAGGAGGCCCAUCUCAUGGAUAAAUUAACAGCACAAAUCAGAGAUACCUACUCACUCUUCCUCAAAACAUGGGAUCCAUGGGAAGACUAUACUAACCACUGACGAACACACUGACGCAUUGUCACUUACUACUUAAAAUCCCCGGAGGCGUCCUCAAGUGCCUUCCGACCCACACCAGCGGAUCCCAUAACCUACCCUACCCCCCGUCUGUUCUUCCCCACUUCCCCUCCUACCCUCAUCUCUUCACCUAUUUACGCUGACCUAUCUGUGUUCACUUCACUAAAAAUAUUCAUGUUCUUACGCGGUAGCUAUAUUUAACUUGAAAAUACAAAUAUAACAAAACGUAAUUCUCACGGGCAUACAAACUUCAAGAGACAAAAAGAUACAUGCUACUAACGAUCUCUAACAACGAGCAUCGAUCAAGACCCCGACCCUACAAGGUGAUCAAAGUAACGGAACAGAUUGCCACCCUACCGAUCCACACUUGAACAUAUGCUCAGUAUUGUUACCACCUUCUAACACAGUGUAUGCAUGUAAAAUGACAUCAAUUAUAAAUAUAUAUAUAUAUAUAUAUAUCUGUCUCAAAACCAGUAUCCUGUACAAAUCAAAAUGCGUCUACCAAACCCAUUGUUGUACUCACUUGAUAUGCAUCAAAUAAUAAAUAAUUAAAAACUAAAAAUUGCAGUGUAAGACAGUAAUACUUUGAUCCACCAAAUUGGUUAAUAAUGACAUGGAUAGAGUAAUAAUGGGCUUUAAAGCUCUUAGCCUGGGGGAAAAAAAUAGAAAGUUAUAAGCAAACUAGACAAACAGUUUAGAAAGGAGAGCCAAAAUAAGAGAGAAACUAAACAUUAAUUGGGGAAAUAAAGAAACAAGCAAUUGAUCGAGUAUAGUAUUUGAUAAGCUUUGCUGGAGUUGUGGCGUAUUAAUGAUGCAGCCUUAUAAAUAGUAUGUAGCUCCCAACACAUUAAGGGAAAAUCACAUAACCCCAUUGUAUAGCGCUACGGAAUCUGAUGGCGCUAUAUAAAUAAUAAAAUAACUGGUCUAAACACAACUAAAUCCAAUUUGUGUUUUCUAGCUAAUAAUCUGCCAGUAAAUUUAUAUAGUGUAAAUUGCGACCUUAUAGGUUAUUAAGUUUGUGCAUUUUUGCAUGUCUUGUAUUUAUGUCCUGACAUUGUGGCAAGCUUGGGGUGAGCUCAAAAUCUCAUUGUGCACCAUUACCCCUGUUUACACAUACAGGACGAAUCAAUGUAACACCUCCGAUUGUGUCGGUGAUGGAACGAGGAGAAGAGCCGUACGUGAGAGGUGAACGUCAGUCUAAGGAGAAGAUAAAUAAUUACAUUAAUGCAGGUGCAGGUUAGUAAUGCACAUUAUAAAACAGAAGGUUAAACAUUGACAAAAUCUGGUGCGAGUGUUUCUUUUUUUUUUAUUUUUAUAAAAUCCAUACUUUUUCUUUUCUUCAUAAAAAGCAGCAUAUAAGCCUAUUAUAUAUUCCAUUCAUUUUAUUCACAAUUUCCCCAAUAAAUAUACUGUCAGUUACUGUAAUGGAUCACCUGGCACCCCGACUGGGUACCUCCGUUGAGGGAUGCUCCUAGCACUUCCUGUAGGCUCCAAACACUCCAGCAGACACCAUAACCACCAUAGACUUCUUCAGCGAGCAAAACAGGAACAAGCUCUUAAAAGAACUUAGCAAGGGAAUAUGCAGAGCAUAGCAAUCCCUUGUAGCAGAUUCCUUCAAUAAGAGACGCCACUCCAAAUUGAGGGUGAAGUAGAACUGAAGCUUUAAUCCAACAUACUGCUUUUAUGCACAUUUUACACACAUAGUACUGCCCACAGGGUAACCAAUCAAUACAUUUUCAGAAUCAGCAUACUACAAAUAUAAACAUAUGUCAAAAUCAUUCAAAUUGGUCCAGUGGUUCAAAAGUUAGUUGGAAAUCCAUUUUUGACCAGCUGUAAGCAUGGCUUGGGUGUGGUAAGCCAAUUACCUCCAGCAUACAGAAAAUAUAUCCAUUUACAACAACAGUAAAAACACAUAAAAAUACAUAAUUCCUAUCAUAUUGAACAGAACCCCCACAUUCAACCUAUUCCCAGAUAGCUUGGAUCUGAGCGCUCACUAUAUCCGAACAGCGCUCAAAUCCCACAAACACAGUCAAAUCGCCACAGGGUUAAAGUUUAGCAACAAAUUCCAACUGGUCUGGCAGUGUCCCUGGGACAACCCCCUGCUGGAGAACAAUAGACAGGAAACUGGGGAGGGGCACACUUCCUCAUGUAUUCAAAGGAGCAGAAAAAGUGUUUCAAAAUCCGAUAAGCCCAAAUAAUGCUUACACAGGGCAAAGUCCCACAGGGGCCAUAGUCACAGGGCAGGAGGAUGGCAAUCAGUCUUCUCCAAUGCCCAGUGGCGAGGCUGGUUCUGCCACAGUUACCACAUAUAUAAUACAUUUUAGGUGCCUUGAAUGUGUAUUUUUUUUCCGUUUCAGGGAAAUUCAUUAUACACAGUUUAAUAAAUUUGUACUGCACCUUUUGGACGAUCUACUGAAAUAACAGACUCUCAAAUUCAACUCGGCUGAGUUGGAGGUUUUUUCCAACUCUGCUGCCAUAUAAAUGUCACAAUGCUCUCCUAUAGUGUUUGCUGACUGAGUGGAAAUAUAAGCAGAGUAUUGUGGGAUAUUAAUGGAGGCUGCAGACGGUACGUAUUAAAUCUCACACGUGAAGAUAUACCAUGAAUAAAAAGAAACUUGACAAGUCAGUCACAGCACCAAUACGCCACAUUAACUCAUUUUAUGUAAUCAGGCCCUUGAAUUGGAAGAGAAUGGCUAGCAAAAAUAUAUCUGUGUAAGUAUUCAUCCCUUUGGGUUGUCUCCAUAUUUUGUAGUGUUACAUGCUGAAAUUAAAAGGGAUUUUUUUGUUUGGAUUUGCAAAUUACAGUGAUCAUUUUUCUUAGUGUGCUUCAAAAGUUAAAAACAUUUUUUAGCUGUAUAUGUAUUUAUUAUUGAGUAAAACCUUGGUAGAACUACCUUUGACUGAUAUUGCAGCUGUCUAUUUGUUUGGAUAAGUUCCUACCAGCAUUUUGCCCUGUAUCCUGCAAUUUUUGCCUUAGCUCUUUUGAGAUGUAAUGGAAGUGUUGGUAAAAGCAAUAGUAAGCCUUACCACAGAGUCUAAAUCAGAUUGAGGUAUCGGUUUUGACUUGUCCAUUUAAAACAUUUUUGGUUUUAUAUCAGUCCAUUGUUUAGGGUCAAUCUAAUGCUGUAGAUCCUCCAGCCCAGUCUCCGGUAUCUUGGAGACUGCUUUUCCCUUACACUUAACAUGUAUUAGGCUUUACCCAUCCUGUCCUCAGUCCUGCACUGUUUCCAGGUUCCUGCCAAUUAAAUGCAUCCCCACAGUAUGAUGCUAGCACCAACAGGCCUUGUCAUGGAGUUGAUGUGACCAGAAUCUACUUUGUGUUAAGGUGCCAAUUUUCAGCUUUAGUCUUAUCAUACCACAAAACAGUCUGCCCCUCCCCACCCCCACCCGCAUUAAUGGCUUUCUUCUUUCAAUGUUUCUGUAAAUCUGCUUCAUUUUAGUUGUCCCAUGGAUCUCCCAUUGCAGGGGUAUUGUACUCCCAGUGGUACAUUUAUGACUAAUUCACUCCUUACCAUGUCACUGAGUUUUUGGAGACCAUUUUCUCUAGGCAGAAUUGCAGUUGUGCCAUACAAGAUAUGAAGAUGCCCAAGGAGAGUAAAUACUUUGCCUUUUUGCUAUUACUUGGUUGUAAUUUUCCAUAUAUGUGAACCACCGCAGUUGGCUUCUGUAGCUGUGGCUGCUUAAGAGUAGAGACCAUCUUCAGGCAUUAUUCUUCAGUUGUGGAGGUGGACGCAAGUUAAUUAGACUAUAGAGAAGCCUUUGGAACUAGUUAUGUUAAGUUGUACUUAUAUGAACAUGACACCAUACAACAGUAGAGCCUUGUUUUUACAGAGUUUAUGGGACUUAAAUAAAAUAAAAAAAUCUUUUAAUAUUUUCUAACUCACUUCCCAAAUUCUCCACUUCCAAAAGCUACAUUAAAGGAAGCAUACAUUACAACUUGGGGUUUACCACGGGAGACAGUUUCUAUGACUACCUUGAAACGGACUUAAAAGGUAAAUCCCAUCAUGUGUGGUAGGUGGUGCUAAAAUGUGGAACUUCAGCAUGCAAGAGGUUGGCUGUAAAAGGGGUGUGAAUCACAGGUAAGUAAGCACUAACAAGGUCAACUAUAGUUUCUAAGAUUAGAUAGAAUUAUGUUCCCUAGAUAAUUUAUACGUGCAAUAAUAAUAAUAUCUAAGUAACCAAGAGAAGUGGAAGACCUGGUGAUCACAGUGUAACUAUACACCAGUUACAUUUUAUAAAUGAAAAUGAAAACAUAACUUCAUUAGACUACAUAAUAUAAAUCAAAACACAUUUAGAACUACACUUUCUAGUGUGCUGUAUUGUAUGCAAAAUAUCACAUACGUGUGUAAUUUGUUUUAUAUUCAAAGCAAAUAACAUUCUUUUAAUUUAACGUUCUGGCUCACAACAGCUUACUGAAGAUACUGAAAAGUAGAGAAUAAAUAGACAGAGCUAAAUUAAAAAAUAGAAAGCACAAAUAAAAUAUCUUCUUAAAAGAAAAUCCUGGAAAGAAAUUAUCAAAAGAAGAUAAGAAAUAAAAAAAGGAAUAUUACAUCCCAAAAAGCGUGACGUUGUGUGUGUGUGUGUGGUGGUGGAGAAUGCUUCUUUGAAUCAAACAAUAAUGAGCAAUCGAUGAUCAGGCUUUAAAUGCAGUAAAAUACAUAACAAUAGAGGCUUGGUAGACUGGUGCACAUAAGUUACAGGAUUUUAAAUAUUAUGUUUACUUAACUGUUUAUUUAAAAAUAUGAGAAAAUUAUAUAAAAAAUGUGGCAAAUCUAGCCACUUAUGGACUUAAACUGUCUAUUUAAGCCACCUGUAUAGUUCUGUUUUUAUUAUUUGUAUUGUGCAAUGUAUGCGGCAUUCGUGUGUUACAGCACACAAAUGCCGCUAAGGUUAAGUCUGGUUAUCCACGAACAGUGAAUAACCACACUGUUCGUGGAAUAAGCAAAGUACCGGAUGGGAGACCACCCAUAGCCGGUCGUGUGUCUCCCAUUGGGUACUUUGCAACAUUGUAUCUCGGUUAAUUGCGGUCUGUUGCGGGUGGCCGCCAUUCAUGUACCGAACACGAGGCGGCGGCCAUGUUUGUUUGCGGAAAGUCAACAGGGUUUUGUCGUCGAGUGCCUGCAACUAAAAUCGGCUAGUCGGCAACACAAGCCCCGCUGGACAUCCGAGCCGUUCGGGAGUUUGCUGUUUUUCGGGACUUUCAUUCCCUCAGUUCAGGCAAUCGGUUAAACGAAAUGGUCCUGAGAAGGGAAACUGAACCGCGUUAACUCUGCUCCCAGGUCCCAGCUAUAUUAUAAAUGGUUAAAUAGCUGUCUAUCCCAAAUAUUAUGUUGGUUAUGUAUUUUAAUAUAAAAACUGUAUUUCUCUGUACCAAGGGAUAAUCUCAUUAGCAAUGCAUUCUGGGAUAAUUAUCUCCUUGGUACAGCAAUGUAUGCUGGGUACUCUGGCUGUAAAACUCAGUCCCCCAUGUAGUCCCCUACUGGACAAACCCUGUAAUGUGACUUGGGAAACCCCUUACAUUUGUAACCACAUAAAUACUGUGCCCUGUGAUUAAAACCUCAGUUGACCUCCAAGCUAUAUGUCGUCUAGUUCUUGGGAGAAAGGGAUUGUAACUACGCUACCUGGAUUUUGCCUGCUUUGUACCUUUUUGAUUCUGUCUACCAGCGGAGAUACCGUGGAUAAUACUACUACUCCGCUACAAAUACAUUUUGACAUUUUCAACUGUGGUUCCCCAUUGUUCUAAACUCUGAUUAUGCUCCUGGCAGUUUGCCAGGAGACCGUAUACAGAUAAGAGGAGAAAGGACAAACUGUGUCUAUUAGUCCUCACUUGCCAUGUGUGCUCUAGCUAUACCUUACCUGAGAUGGAUUGUGAUGUCAUUUAAAAUGUUUUAAAGAAAAUGAGUCAUCACAUGGAAAAAAAAAUCUUACACUGUGUGACAGACCGCCUAGCACCCCAACUGGGUGCCUGCGCCAAUUGCUGCUUCCUAAUAGCCUGGAGUACUAUAAGCACUGCACUGGACACCAUAAACACUGUAGCCCUUUAGCCACCACAGCUUGGCUGUGGUCUCUCUGUCCUCCACCCACUUUGGACCAAAGCCCAGGAUCCAGCAUCCAGUGGGACCUCUCCUACUCCAGAGAGUCUAGCAGGUAUAGCUUGGUUCAGUUCCAAGGUGUUAACAAGCUCCUGGGUGGUCCCUGGUGCGUGCGGUUGUUUGGUAGUCGAACGGUACAGUGUUAGAAUAAGAGGGGAAUGCAAUCUACCAAACAGACAGGUGGAUGGAACAGAAAGCUUUUUCAUAGUUCUGAACCAACACAUUGGCCAUAGUACUGAGGCAAGAGGCUGGCAAGCAGGCCCCUCCAAAAACCAGUGGCGAGGUUACUUUCGCCACACACUAGUUUAUUUUUCAAUUGUAUCAUCCGCAGAGAAGUGACAGUCAAAUGAGAGGAACAGUAUUAGUCUACCAAUAACUCUACUCCACGACUAGUCUUGCAUUUUGCUAGUAUGGGAGCAAAUCGCUAUAAUUUGAGAUAAUACAGUUAACAGAACAUGCAAGACACAUAAAGCACUUCAGCUUGCUGGAGUCAGUCAUAUUUGUGACGGUUUAUAGAAAUGCUGAUCAGACAGCUGGGGCGGUUAUCUUAUAUUAUAGCCACAGUGCUAAUGGAAGUGGCAGGUGCCAUGAUCUAGGGCGAGAUUGUCUUCACCCAUUCUAAAUAUGCUGUAUUAUAGCUUAUUGGAAAGCCACAAUUGUGUGUGCAAGCUAGCUGCUCCAGUACAGGUCCUUAUCAAUGAGAAGCCUUUCAUUUGUGUAUUCCCUGGCACAUACGAAAAGUCUAUGCAAGAGCAAGAUGGAAGGGCUUGCAAGAACUGUGGGGAGCAGGUCUGCAGCUGUUGCAGGCUGUUUGUUUAUAUACCCCCAAAGAGAAAUGUGCAGGGAAAAAAUAAAUGCAUAUUUUCUUUGGGUGUAUAUCUACUAAAUUGAAAGAUAAGAAAAACCUUUUCAAUGAAGUGUUAACUUAAAUCAUCUGUCACAAAGGAAAAGGUAAGAUUAAAAACACUGUGAUCUAUUAACAAGUCAAAAAGUUCAUGAUUAAUAAUAAUUUAAAUUUAUACCUGUAACGAAUCACCUAGCACCCCGUCUGGGUACCUCCAUUGAUGGAUGCGCCUACUGCUUCCCGAAGGCUCCAAGCACUCCAUUCGACACCAUAAGCACUGCAGACCCCACGAACCACCGCAGCUUGGUUGGGGGUCUCCUACCCCACCUGGACCUACGACCAGGCUCCAGUGGAUGAACCUCUCUUCCUUCAGAGAGCGAAGCAGGAACAAGCUCUUAAAAGAGCUUAGUGAUUAUAGCCAGGGGAGUAUAAAGCAUAUAGCAAUCCCCAGUGUAGAUGCAGCCUUUUCCCCCACACAUGAGACGAGGCUCUAUGUUGAGGGUAAAACAGGAACUCAGCAGUCUUAGGGUUUAUUGUCUCUUAUAUACAAGUUUUUCCCACAAGGUUACCACCCACGUGGACCUUGUGGAAUACAGGACAUAAUGUUGGAAAAACCAAUCAGGACAGACUUGUACAUUUAAACACUCCCAAAUACUACACACAAACCCUCCCCUCUGCCUGUGCUAUAAGUACUGAACACAAUGGGCUAACUUAAUUAUCACAGGCAGGAAAAUAUACAGUUUUAUACAAUAUUCAUAACUUCCAAACUAUACAUACAAUUUCUAUAAAAGUUAUAUAUUCGGAACCAGCAUAAUCAGUAUACAGACAUAUGUAAAACUCAUCCGUAUUUGUUCAGUGGUUUGGAAGAUAGCUGGUAGUCCUAUUUGACCGACUGCAAGCAUGGCUUUCCUGCCCAAUAGAGUUCCAUAGAUUUGGGGUGUGCGGUCGUUCUGUUUCAUUACGUCCCAUUUGAAUACACAAACGGCAGUCCGUUCGUGAAAAAAUCCCAUAUUAAUGCGGCAUUCGAAUAUGCAUCCAUCCAUAUGAUUUCCAUUGAAGUGGCAAAGAAGGUAAGGUUCAGCGGUGUUCAUGCCGCUGUGUAACCGAUUUCAGUUCCAUGAGCUCGAUGGCAAAACACCGCUGACCAGGUUCGACUAAAGAAGAUGGCCAAUGCCACGUGUUCGACUAUAUGAACGGGGGCCACCCAGUGUUCGACAAUUAACUUGCGGUUAAGCACCAGCCUGGGAGGUAAAUGGGCUGCACACUCCACUUGUGUGUGGUCCGCCGGUUCGGCAAUUUGGUAAGCCCCAAUUACCGAGCCAUAUAGGAAAAGGACACGAACAAAGUAUUUUCACAGUCUGGGGACACAGUGUUAAAGGGGCACUGUCUCAAAAGUCUCAAUAUGCCCAAAUAAUGUUUUUAAAGGGCCAUACUAUUAAUACUAUUAAUUUUGCAGGUAUCACUGGGCUAUUUCCUAUGUGUCCAGCUUGCUGCUCAAUACAUUUAUUUAGGGACCUGGACACUGCGAUCUCUGAAUAAUACAGAAUAUUGCUGUCUAUGGCAACCUAUUAUAUCAAUAAACUUGUUAAAACCCCUCUACAUUUUCUUAUAUUUGCUUUUCUGCAAUGUUACUACAUAGUGAUUAUAUAUAUUUUUUUAGCUCUGGUCUUUUCUUUUUAUUAAAGCUUCAAUAAACAAUUAGCAGUGACUUCUGAACUGACAUGAACAGAAGCUUCAUUUUAUGAAUUUUAAUUUUAGGAAUGUAAAACUACUGUGCAUAGUAUUAGUGGUCAUCAUAAGCCAGCUCUGUCAUAAAAAUAUUUAUUCUGUUAUUAAAGGCAUACUCCACUAUAACUACGACAACACUGGUAAAUGUUAUCAGUGUACUACCAAUGCUUUAUUAAUUAACCUUUAAUGCAUGCACUAUUGCUAUUAUAAGACAUGGGUGUAGAUUUUUUUUUAAUAGUGACAGUUUUGAGAGAUUGAUGGAAUGAUACAAAUCUAUUUUUGUGUGACAGAGCUGUCUUAAAUGCAUUUUGGAUGGUAUGACUGAUACCACUGAGCAAUUUAGCUUUUUCUAUAGCUAUUGCCUGACCACCAUGGGGAAAUAGAACAGAGUAGAAUGCUUUAUGUUCUGUAAACCUAACAAUAUAAUGUCAAUACUGUGUCAGAACAAAAUAUUCUUUUUUACCAGAUGGUGUUUUGGGGAAAACUGCCGAUGGACACAACUUUACCCUCAAUUCAUCAGACUGGGUAAUGGAAGACCUUGGUUUCUUUGCUCUAAGUUAUCAGAGAGAGAACAUGAUCAAGGCAAGUGUACCUAGAAAAAGUUUGAGAAAAUCUAUGAGAAUAAAGUUUGAGGAAGCACAUUCCAGUGAUGAACAUUUCCAGAAGUCCUUAAUGUUUACAAUAAAGCAGGAGCCAGAAUAUCCAGAAACUCACAUUAGCAACUACACUCAUGGAAACGUGUUUGCAUGCUCCGAGUGUGGCAAAAGGUUCUCUUAUAAAUCAGAACUUCUUAGACAUCAGAAAGUCCAUUCAGGCAAAAAGCCGUUUAUGUGUUUUGAUUGUGGGAAAGGUUUUGCUAGUAAAUCAAAUCUUUUUGUACAUCGCAGAAUUCAUACAGGCUAUAAGCCAUUCAAAUGUUCUGAUUGCGGUAAGUGCUUUACACAGAAAUCUGGUUAUGAUGCACAUAAAAGAAUUCAUACAGGAGAGAAACCAUUUGUUUGUGCGGACUGUGGAAAGCGGUUUAGUCAAAAAUCAAGCUACAUUGCACAUAGGAGGACUCACACAGGGGAAAAACCAUUUGCAUGUUUUGAUUGUGGAAAAUGUUUCAGUAGCAUCUCUGGUUUUGUUAAUCACCAUAGAAUUCACACAGGUGAAAAACCAUAUGCCUGUACUGAUUGUGGGAAAUGUUUUACUCAAAAGUCUGGCUACAUUGCACAUCAGAGAAUACACACUGGAGAGAAGCCAUUUGUAUGUCCUGAUUGUGGAAAAUGCUUCAGUCAGAAGGCAAGUUUUAUUACACAUCAAAGGAUUCAUACAGGAGAGAAACCGUUUGUGUGUCCUGACUGUGGCAAGUGUUUUAGUAGCAUUUCUGGCUUUCUGACUCAUCAAAGAAUUCACACAGGCAUCAAGCCGUUUGCUUGUGGUGAUUGUGGAAAAUGUUUUACCCAGAAGUCAGGUUAUAUUGCUCAUCGGCGAAUUCACACGGGAGAGAAACCAUUUGCAUGUUCUGAUUGUGGGAAACGGUUUACUCAGAAGUCUGUGUAUAUCGCGCAUAGACGCAUACACACAGGGGAAAGACCUUUUGAAUGUUCUGACUGUGGAAAGCGCUUUACACAGAAGUCAGUAUAUAUCGCACAUAAGCGAAUUCACAGUGGAGAAAAACCCUUUUCAUGUUCUGAAUGUGGGAAAUGUUUUGCCAACCCCUCAUAUCUCAAUGCUCAUAUGAGAAUUCACUCAGGGGAGAAACCAUUUGCAUGUGCUGAUUGCGGGAAAUGCUUUACGCAGAAGUCAAUUUAUAUCACACAUCAAAGAAUACACACGGGAGAGAAACCAUUUGCCUGUGCUGAAUGUGGAAAAUGUUUUACCCAAAAAGCAAGUUAUGUGGCCCAUCAACGAAUUCACACAGGAGAAAAACCUUUUUCUUGUUCUCAGUGUGGGAAAUGUUUUAGCAGUGUUUCAGGGUUUAUCACCCAUCAGCGGACUCAUACAGGUGAGAAACCAUUUGUGUGUUCAGAUUGUGGAAAAUGUUUUACUCAGAAAUCAGGUUUUGUUGCACACUAUAGAAUUCACACAGGAGAGAAGCCAUUUUCAUGUGGUGAGUGUGGGAAAUGUUUUAGCCAAAAAUCUAGUUAUAUUGCACAUAAGAGAAUCCACACAGGUGAAAAACCAUUUAUUUGUUCAGCUUGUGGAAAGUGUUUUAGCAGUAUUUCUGGUUUUGUUAACCAUCAACGAAUUCACUCGGGUGUGAAACCAUAUGAAUGUCCUGAUUGUGGUAAAUGUUUUACUCAAAAGUCAGGUUACAUUACCCAUCAGAGAAUACACACAGGGGAAAAACCUUUUGAAUGUUAUGAUUGUGGCAAAUGCUUUACCCAAAAAUCUGUGUAUGUUGCUCACCAGAGAAUCCAUACAGGAGAGCGUCCAUUUGCGUGCUCUGAAUGUGGGAAAUGUUUUACUCAAAAAUCUGGAUAUAUCGCGCAUCGAAGGAUUCACACAGGAGAGAAACCAUUUUCUUGUGCUGAAUGUGGGAAAUGUUUUGCCAAUUCCUCAUAUCUUAGUGCACAUCAGAGAAUUCACACUGGUGAAAAACCAUUUGCAUGCUCUGAAUGUGGGAAAUGUUUUACACAGAAAUCAAUUUACGUUGCUCAUCAGAGAGUCCACACAGGUGAGAAACCGUUUGGAUGCUCUGAGUGUGGGAAAUGUUUUACUCAAAAGUCAAGUUAUGUUGCCCAUCAGAGAAUCCACACAGGAGAGAAACCUUUUUCUUGCCCUGAUUGUGGAAAAUGUUUCAGUAGCAUUUCUGGUUUCAUUAACCAUCGGCGAAUUCACUCAGGUGUGAAACCAUAUGCUUGUGCAGAUUGUGGGAAGUGUUUUACCCAAAAAUCAGGCUAUGUUGCACAUCGGCGAACUCACACAGGGGAAAAACCAUUUGCAUGUUCUGAAUGUGGGAAAUGUUUUAGCCAAAAAUCAGGUUGUGUUGCACAUCAAAAAGUUCACAAAGGGAAUAAACCAUUCAUCUGUUUGGUAUGUGGAAAAUGGUUUGCUAGUAUCUCAACUCUUAACCUACAUCAAAUGAUUCACAUAGAUGAGAAACCAUUUGUUUGUUCUCAGUGUAGUCAAUGUUUUACUUCUAAGUCAGAGUUUCUUGCACAUCAGCUGAUUCACACGGAUGUAAAACCAAUUGUAUGUUCUGAUUGUGGGAAAUGCUUUACCAAAAGUUCAGAUUUUGAGGCACAUCAAAAAGAUCACAGAGACAAACCAUUUUCAUGUUCUGAAUGUGGACAGUCAUUUGUCAAUCGCCCAGAUCUUGAUCUACAUCUGAUAAUUCACGUAGACGAGAAACCUAUUAUAUGUUCUGAUUGUGGACAGUGUUUUACCAAAACAACAGAUCUUGAUGCACAUCGUAACAUUCACAAAGAACACAAGCCUUUUCUAUGUUCUGAAUGUGGUAAAGUCUUUACUAAUAAUUCAGAUCUUGAUGUGCAUAAGAAGACUCACACUGGCGUGUCACCAUUUGCAUGUCAAGAAUGUGGGAAAGGUUUUGUCUUGAAAUCUGCUUUUAAUAAGCAUCUGAAAACUCACAAAAGAUAG